AUGGCAGUGAUAUUAAAUGCUCUCCUACAGGAUAUACUGACAACUAUUGUAAUUUUGGAAUCCAUCAUAGGAAGCUUAGGAAAUGCAUUCAUGGCACUGGUGAACAUUGUGGACUGGGUGAAGAGAGGAAAGAUCUCUGUGGUGGAUCAAAUCCUCACUGCUCUGGCCAUCUCGAGAACUGCUUUUUUGUUUUCAUCAAUGACAAGUUUGUUGAUGACAUUACUGGACCCAGCCUCUUUGGAAAUGAGAAGACUGAGAAGAAUGUAUACUAUUUCCUUGACAGUGACCAAUCAUUUCAGCAUCUGGCUUGCUACAUGCCUCAGCAUCUUUUAUUUUCUCAAGAUAGCCAUUUUCUCAAACUCCAUUUUUCUUACACUCAAAUGGAAAGCAAAAAAAGUGGUAUCGGUGAUAUUGAUGGUGUCUCAGAUAAUCUUGUAUAUAAACAUUAUAGUCACAAAUAUAAUCAGUGAUAGACCUAAAGUAAACAUACCUUACAGGUUUAUCUCAAACAAUACUCUAAGAGUUUCUGGGCUCUUUUUACUUACCAACACUAUGUUCACACUCAUCCCCUUCACUGUGACCUUGAUUACUUUCCUCCUCCUCAUCUUGUCCCUGCGGAGGCAUCUGAAGAACAUGCGGCACAAUGCCAAAGGAUUCCAAGAUGUCAGCACUGCAGCCCACAUAAAGUCCCUGCAAAGUGUGGUCACCUUCCUGUUACUGUAUACCAUUUUUGUCAUGUCACUUCUUUUCCAGUCUUGGAAUAUUAACUCGCAACCAAGUAAACUUAACUUUAUGGUUUUUUGGAGUACAGCAAUAGCUUUUCCCUCAGGUCACUCAUGCGUAUUGAUUCUGGGAAACACUAAGUUAAGGCAGGCUUUUCUUUCUAUGCUGUGGUGGCUGAGGUGUUGUAAGCACAAAUGUACAUAG